AACAUGCAGCUCUCAAAACAUCACACUGUAUGUAAGUUUCUCUGCAGGGCACAAGCCCACCACUUGCAGACGAGGCCUGGUGAAAACCAUCCUGAGAGCAGCGAGGCCCAGCCGCGCAUGGAGGUGUGCCACUGGCCUUGUCAGUGCCCACCGGUGCCCACCUGCAGCCCUGGGGUGAGCCUACUGAAGGAUGGCUGUGGCUGCUGCAAGGCCUGCGCCAAGCAGGCCGGAGAAGUCUGCAACGAGGUGGACAUCUGUGAUCGCCACAAGGGCCUCUACUGUGACUAUUCACAGGAUGAGCCUAGGUAUGAAACAGGCGUGUGUGCAUAUCUGGUAGCUGUAGGAUGCGAGCUCAAUGGUGUUUACUAUCUCAAUGGGCAGACCUUCCAGCCUAACCCAUUUUAUAAGUGCCUGUGUAUCAGUGGUGCGAUUGGAUGUACUCCUGUAUUCACACCAAAAUUAGCAGCAAGUCCCUGCUCCAGUGGCACAGGCAGGAAGAAGCCUGGACAACCCGUCUGUAGCCCCGGACAGAACAAGCAGCUUCAAUCAAUCAACUACAGGCUGAUGUCAGCUUACAGAAACUUACCACUAGUUUUGAAGAAAAAGUGCCUUGUGCAGGCAACGCCUUGGACACCGUGUUCUAGGACCUGUGGCAUAGGCAUAUCCAGCAGAGUGACCAACGAAAACAAGAAGUGUGAAAUGAAAAAAGAAAAGAGAUUAUGCUUCAUCCAGCCUUGUCUGACCAAUAUCCUGAAGACAAUAAAGAUUCCAAAUGGAAAGACAUGCCAACCGACAUUCCAGCUUCCUAGAGCAGAGAAACUAUUUUUCUCUGGAUGUUCAACUACACAAAGCUACAAGUUAACUUUCUGUGGAGUGUGUAUGGACAAGAGGUGCUGCAUACCCAAUAAGUCCAAAAUGAUCACUCUUCAGUUUGAAUGUCCCAAUGAAGGCUUCUUUAAGUGGAAGAUGAUGUGGAUAACAUCUUGUGUAUGCCAGAGGAUUUGCAGGGAUCCAGGAGAUAUAUUUUCUGAACUCAAAAUUUUAUGAAUUACAC